UAUAGCCGGCAGGGCGAGGGCGGCAUCCCAGAGGCCGCCCCGGCCCCAGCAGCCGAGUGGUGGCACCGGAGUCCUGCCUGCCCGCCGCAGGUGCCCUGCGCUCAGAGCCGCCUCCGGAGUCAGAGUCAGCAGAGGAAGCCGAGCGCCCGGAAGCCUUCUCUGAAGAGCUAGCGGCCCGGCUAGGUCUACGGGAGCCUCAGGUGACCAGGGAGGUGCCGCGCUGCCCCGCGCAGCCGGAGGCCCAGCUUCAGACCCAAGGGAGUGCCCCUCUAGCCCUGGGGGCUGCUGGGCACUCGAGAACGUAGAACCCAGUUUGGGGCUUCUCCAGCCCCACACCGGUCACAGGGCUCAGGCUGGGUGAGCUCACUUCCUCACAUUCUUCCUGCUGCUGGCAAAGAAGGGAAGUGAUGGCAUGGACCGGUGGGCCAGGCGAGGGGACUAGCCUCAGGUGCUGAGGCCUAGGGGUCAGAUUGGGCGGGGGGCGACAGCUGAGGGGCACUGUGUGCUUCAGUGGGACCCUGGAGGUAUCCAAACUUGUCCCAGUGUCACCACCCACUGACCGGCGCCAAAGAAAGUGAAGGUUCCUUUUCUUUGGAAGAAUGAAGGACCCUGCCAAGUUCUGCUUCUGCCUCCCUCCCACCCUUCCUGGCCAGCCCUGGGCCUUGAUAAGAGGCACCUCUGAGCCUUCUCUUUGCUUCCUCUUCCCUUGCCCAAGACAGCUCACCUGUUUCACCUGGGGAGAAUCCAUUUCCUGUUCCCUACUUUCAGAAGGGCAUUGAAAGUUUGUCUGCUUCCAGCACAGGGAAAGGGUUGGGAGCCCGACCUGGACACAGCUGCCUGGAGGCCAUGUCUGGGGGAUGUGCCUCAGGUCGGCCUGUAGACGCCAAAAGGGGGGGCACUGGAGGUUACUGUGAGGCAUCAGGAGGGGUGAUCCUGGCACCCAGUGUGAUUUCCACUCUGGGGAGCAGGUUGGCCGCAGGUUGUCUCUGGCAGCGCGCGUGUGUGGAGCUUCCAGGCUCAGGGAGAGCUUGCUGGGGAUGGGGGUGGGCAAUCUCCUGUCCCCCUCCCUGCUUCCCUACCUCACUGAGGCUCAAACCAGAAUCUACCAGGCUCCAAGGUCCCUGGGCAGCAAGCACACUCCUCCACUUGUAACUGUCCUGGCUUCAGUUGGAAUGUUCCAUUCCAGCGUGGGGGUGGGGGAGGGUCAUGCUGUCUUCCUGCCAGGCACUGAGGGGCAGACAGAGACAUUGCAGUGCUGCUCAGGUGUGAACCCCCAGAACAGCAUGUCCUGACAAAGGCGACCCCCCUCGCCCCCCGUAGCCACACUGGGCCAGUGCUCCCUCGUCACAGGGUAGCCAUAGCUCCUGAGCUUUGGACUCUUCCUUCAGAACGGCUGUUGAGCCAAUUCCCAUCUUUUCUCAGUGGGCUUGCCUUUUUGGAAAGAGAGGUGAGGCAAGGUGGUGAGGUCUGAGGUUUCUGAGCAGAGGUGCAGGAAUCUGGAGCCUGGGGGGCAGGAUAGAUAGGGGUGGUGGUGGAUAGGCGGGGGUAAUGACCCUUUCCAUUUCCAGAUGAGGAAGCUAAGAUGCAGAGAGGGCCUGUGACUUGCCAAGGCCUUUCCUGGCUCCGGGGGCAGCCAGGAUUGCAGUGAAUGGGUUUCCCCCACCCCCGCCAUAAAGCUGUGCUCUUCGUUCUUAAGUUCCAGGUGGCUGGCCUUUAAAAUCCUACUGGUCACAGCCUGAAACUCGCCUCCUCAAGGUGUUCUUGACUCCCUGAGGGGAGGUGUCAGCUCUUCCUCAUUCAAGGCCACCUCCUAACAGCAUCUUCAUCGGGACCUUAGUCCUCCAGUCCCAUUCAGAGCCAGGGUGGUAGAACUCUCUGCCUUGGGUCUUGGUAAGGGCUAUCACCGGUGGGGAGAGCAAGUGGGCUUCUGAAGGGGGUGGCCUAGAGCACUGCUGGCCUAGGAAGUGACAAAACAGUGACCUGUGGGUACCCUCUCCCCUCUGUGCGUCCCCUCUCCCCUCUGUGCGUCCCUUCUCCCCUCUCUGCGUCCUGCAGCUGAGCUGGAGUGCCGAGGCUGUUUCCUGAUAAGACGGCAAAAUUCCUGUCUGCUCCCUGGGAACCUUUUGCUGCCCAAGGACUGUGGUUUGGAAGAACCUCGACACUCUGGUCUCAGUGUCCCAUUUUGGAAAAAGAGGAAGAGUAGUGAUGGAGACAGGACCUGUGGGCUCAGGAUCCCUGCCCAGGCCCUGCCUGCAGACCCCAGACGUUUGUUGGGGAUGCUGCCUGAAUCGAAAAUGGGUCAGGUCCUGAUGAGGGAGGGCCCAGCCUCCAGCCCAGACAGGCUGACGCUGCCUCAUGGUCCUGGAGGGCAGCCCCCCUCUAACUUGUGCCUGGUGAGCCACUGAGACAAGCCCUGCAGGGCCUCGCUGGAGCAGUGACAGCCCUGAGCAGUGACAGCGCAGAGCUCCUGUGGCUGGGGGGAAGGGGAGGAAGGAGGAGAAACAAAGGCGAAAGCGCCUGGCGCCGCCUGCUGCUGCCGUGAUGUGUCAGUCGGAGGCUCGCCGAGGACCAGAGCUCCGCGCUGCAGCGAAAUGGUUGCAGUUCCCCCAGCUGGCCCUGAGGCGGAGGCUGGGGCAGUUGAGCUGUAUGUCCAGACCCGCUCUGAAACUGCGCUCCUGGCCCCUCACCGUCCUCUACUACCUCCUACCCUUUGGAGCCCUAAGACCGCUCAGCCGGGUGGGAUGGAGGCCUGUGAGCAGGGUGGCCCUGUACAAGUCUGUGCCGACUCGCUUGUUGUCACGAGCCUGGGGCCGCCUCAACCAGGUGGAGCUGCCACAUUGGCUGCGCGGGCCCGUCUACAGCCUGUACAUUUGGACCUUCGGGGUGAACAUGAAGGAGGCUGCCGUGGAGGACCUGGACCACUACCGAAACCUCAGCGAGUUCUUCCGGCGCAAGCUGAAGCCACAGGUCCGGCCUGUGUGCGGCCUGCAUAGUGUGGUGAGGCCCCUUCCUCCCUCAGGAAGCAGCUGGGGACCGCCCCCCUCCCCCGGCAGCGGGGAGGGCGGAGUUGGAGUGCAUGCAGACAGAGGUGGUGGGCUCUCUCUCUGGGAGCCCCCCUGCCCAGCAAGCUUCUCCUGGCCCUUCCAGAUCAGCCCAUCAGAUGGAAAGAUUCUCACCUUUGGGCAGGUGAAGAACUGUGAGGUGGAACAGGUGAAGGGGGUCACCUAUUCCCUAGAGUCAUUCCUGGGCCCACGUACCUCCAUGGAGGACCUGCCCUCCCCACCAGUCACCUCCUGCCGCUCCUUCAAGAGCCAGCUGGUCACCAGAGAAGGGAACGAGCUCUACCACUGUGUCAUCUACCUGGCCCCUGGGGACUACCACUGCUUCCACUCCCCCACUGACUGGACCAUUUCCCACCGGCGCCACUUCCCAGGCUCCCUGAUGUCGGUGAACCCCGGCAUGGCCCGCUGGAUCAAGGAGCUCUUCUGCCACAAUGAGCGGGUGGUCCUGACUGGGGACUGGAAACAUGGCUUCUUCUCGCUGACCGCCGUGGGGGCCACCAACGUGGGUUCCAUCCGCAUUUACUUUGACCGGGACCUGCACACAAACAGCCCGAGGUACAGCAAGGGCUCCUACAACGACUUCAACUUCGUGACGCGUGCCAACAAGGAGGGCAUCCCCAUGCACAAGGGUGAGCAACUGGGUGAGUUCAACCUGGGCUCCACCAUCGUGCUCAUCUUCGAGGCCCCCAAGGACUUCAACUUUGAGCUGAAAGCAGGACAGAAGAUUCGCUUUGGGGAGGCUCUGGGCUCCCUUUAGAGCCUGUCCUGGCUGUGGCUGCUGAGGAAUUGUUUCCAAAAGGAGAGAAAUCUGAGGGUAUUUUACAUGGGAAACCCCACAAGGCGUCUGGGUUAGGGGCUGUCUCUGGGCCGUGUGGAGUCUGGCCAGGUAGGACCCAAAUGA